AUGGCAGGCCCCGAAGCUCGUCGCAACACGGCCGUUGCUGCCUCGAUUCUCUACUUCGUCACCAUACCCUUCCUCGUCCUCGUCAUCAUCGGAAACACCAACAAGUCGUCCUCGGUCCUCAUGGACAUGUACCUCUUCAAGCUCGACGUCUCCCAGAUCAUCCCCAUCGCCGUCGCCAACGCGGGCCUCCUCAACUCGGUCGCCCGGAGUCUCGGUUUGCAUGACUUCUACCAGGUUGGUUUGUGGAACUUCUGCGAGGGCUACGAUGCCGAAGGCGUGACCUUUUGCUCCCGGCCAGUGCAGUUCUACUGGUUCAACCCGGUCGAGAUACUCGUGAGCGAGUUGCUGGCGGGCGCCAAGAUUGCAUUGCCCGCGCAGGUCAUCACCGUCCUCGGUCUCCUCCGGAUUGGCUCUCGACUCAUGUACGGAUGCUUCAUGACCGGCAUCGUCGUCAACUUCCUCCUCAUCUUCGCCUCUCCGCUCGUCAUCCGAACACGCUGGUUCACGCUGCUCGUCGGCACCUUCGCCCUCGUCUCCGCCGUCGUCCUCAACCUCGCCGCCAUCAUCGCCACCGUCAUCAGCCUCGCCGCCAAGAUGGCCAUCACAGCCCAGGAUCAGCUCAAUCUCCGUGCCAAGUUGGGCCUGAGCAUGCUUGUCUCCAUGUGGAUCGGUGCAAUCCUCACCAGCAUUGCAUUCCUGCUGCACGCUGCCAUGGGCUGCUGCUGCAAGCCUCAUCGGCCACUGGCCACUGCCGAGUCGUCACGAACAAGCCCCGAGGUGAAGAAGAGCGACCUCUCUCUGUCUCUGCCCAGCUUCGUUCGCCGGAGACGAAAUGCCGCCCCGUAG